CGGAGUCUUUGUGUUCGUCCAGUCCACGCUCUCCCUCUCCUCCCUCAGGCCCUGCCGCCUUCCCUCCCGCACUCCCUCCCUGCAUCCCUCCUCCAGCUUUUGUCUCUCCAUCUCUCUGGACUCUGGAUCCCUCGUCUCUCUAUUAUUAUCGUCUCUCCGUUUAUCGUGGAUGUUUUGUUGUUUCCUCGUGUCUGUCUGUUCGUCAGGAGCCCCAGUCCCUCCGAGAUGAACGGUGAGCCCUGGGCCAGGCCAAGAUACCAGGACCAAGCAGCAGCUGAACAUUGUACAGCAUCCCACCAGGAACAACAAGAGCACCCUGACAAACUGUGCCUGGACUCCUUCUGGAGCGAGGUGGAGACUAUACGAAGCCAGGGCAGCGGAUACACUGACCUUGACACUGACAGCGCCAGACGAGACUCCAGACACUCUGAAGAGGGAGAGCAGGAGGAGCAGUGGCUGCAGGAUGCCGGUCUCUCCACUCUGAUCAGGCAGCAGAGGCAGAGACCAGACAGGGACAGAGACAGAGACGGUGAGGACCAGGAUGUUGACCAGGCCAUACUGCUGUCCACUCUGACCCGUACGCAGGCCGCUGCCGUCCAGAGGAGACUGGACUCCUACACGCUGUCCCUGAGGAAGAGGAACAAACCCCAGCCGCGUGACGUCAGGGACGUCUUCAGCUCAUCACCGUCCUCUAUUGCUCAGACGCCUCUACCAGAGUCUCAAGGCCCUGAGUCUAUAGAACCUAAAGCAUCUCUACCAGAUGACAGUAUGGAGACCAUCAACAAGACACCACUACAAGAGGUCAGCUUGGACCUGCAGAAGCAGCAUGGAGGAGCCCCUAAAGAGGAGAUUUUCAUCACAGACGUGGCCUACUGCGAACAGGCGGCCAUCUUGUUGAAACAGGCUAAGCUGCCUCAGAUAAAGAAGAACAGCUGCAAGAGGAAGGAGGACGGCACACUGCCUAGGGUGAUCUGCCCCCAGUGUCGUCUGGGUGUAACUCGUAUCCAGGACCUGUCCAACCAGGACAUGAAAAAGGUACGUCAGCUGGCCCUGAUCGACAUGACAGCGCUCUGUGACCUGCUGGAGCUCGACGUCAAACGACACAAGACCUGCAAGAGGAAGAUCCCAGAGAGUGCCCUGUUUGGGGUUCCCCUGGCCACCCUGUUGGAGAAUGAUCAGAAAGUCAAGCCCACUGCUACCACUCCUCUCAUCCUGCAGGCGCUGCUGUGGUUCCUGGAGAAGAGGGGAGUAGACUCAGAGGGUAUUCUGCGGGUUUCAGGCUCUCAGUCCAGAAUCAAGAAGCUGCAGCGGGACCUGGAGCAGAACUUCUACUCUGGAGGGUUCAGCUGGGACGAGGUCAGUCCUAACGAUGCUGCUGCCCUGUUGAAGAAGUUUAUCAGAGAACUACCCUCUCCACUUCUCACCGCAGAGCACCUCAACACCUUCAGUGCUGCCAGGGACAUCCCUGAGCUGAAACAGAAGCUGCACGUUCUGAACCUCCUCAUCCUCCUGCUACCUGAACCCAACAGGAACACACUCAAGGCUCUGUUGGAGUUCCUUUCUAAGGUAGUCUCCAGAGAGAGGAGGAACCGUAUGAACCUGUGGGCAGUGUCCACCAUCAUGGCCCCCAACCUGUUCCUGUUCCUCCACAAGGCCGUACCCUCCCGCCUCACUGACGGGGGGCCAGGGGUGGAGAAAGGACAUGCUGAUAAGGCCCCCAACCUGUUCCUCCACAAGGCCGUUCCCUCCCACCUCACUGACGGGGGGCCAGGGGUGGAGAAAGGACAUGCUGAGAAGGCUGCCGAUAUCAUGAGGUUACUCAUACGCUACCAGGACCUGCUCUGGACCAUCCCUAACUUCCUGAUGAGCCAGGUGCGUAAGCUGAACGAGAACAGUAACCGGAGGUACCAGUUCUACGACCGCCGCAUCAAGAACCUGCUGAGGAAAAUUCACCAGGACAGCAAGGAUAAACCUGACAAGAACUCCUCCGAGCCAUGUCGUACAGUAAAGAUCCAGGUGGGAGAACUGAUGAGCAGCACCAUGGAGGUCAAGGUCAACAUAAAUUCCAGAGCAUCAGACCUGCUGGCUCAGUUCCACAGGCACCUCUACAGCUCUGACAACGCCAAGCGCCUGCUCAAGAGGAACGGUUUGGUAAAUGAUUUGGGAUCCUACCCGGACUGUGCCAUAUAUGAAGUGGGAGGAAAUAUCGGUGAGCACUGCCUGGACCCAGAGACCCAUCUCCUGGACCUGUACAACAACAACCCCAGUGGAGAGUGGGUCAUCAAACAGAAACCACUGGCCACCAGUAGGGGACUGCAGAUAUAAGACAGCCGCAGGAGGAGGGAGAGACCAGCAGGGGGCUUCAAGAGCCAACCAGAGGAGGAGGGAGACCAGGAGAAGUCGAGGAGAGGAGGAAGCUGCCACCACAAACCACCUCGAGACUGAACCCUCUCUCUGACCAAUGAGACCAGACUAGGAGAAGCAAAACAGAGAGAGACAGAGAGCUACUGCUGAAAACACCAUCAGAUGGAGGAGUGGCUGAGGUCGUAUUUGAGGCUGCUUCUUGGCUUGUCAGCUAAGCUCUCAGGCUCUCAGCCUAUCACCUCCCAGCGUCCGCAGAAGCCCAGAUGGGGAUCUGAUGCAGCCGCCACCGAGUCUCUCUCUCUCUCUUUCUUUCUUUCUUUCUUUCUUUCUUUCUUUCUUUCUUUCUUUCUUUCUUUCU